ACUGGCAAGCCUAUUUGUAUACCAUGAAAGCAUUAUGCAUUGAUUUACAAAUUAUUUGUAAACCCCACAGAUCAUGGCAGGCUGUCUUUAAAAGCUCAUUCUCGAACAUCUAUUGCCAAUGGAAGCUCCUCACACGGUAGUCUCCUGGAAUUUUUUAUAUCUGAUACAGGUUUUGGACAAAACUUAUAUGGGCAGGUCCCUAAGAGAAGCCUUCCCCCAUCCAUGAAGCCACAUGUCCAUGGAUCGACCUGCUCAAUAGGAAAUUUAGGCAGCCUCCAGAUUCUUAUCCAGAAGUUAUCCUGCACAGGGUGUGCCAAACCAAUGGGAAAACCAAUUAGACAAGUAAUGUGAUGAUGACUUUCCUUAUGUAUGAUAAAAAUGGAAGUCUGCCGAUGUCCAAUCCUUUUAUGCCAAGGACAUCUCCUUCGACUGCUCAACAUGCCUCUGCUGAUCCAGGUUUCCAUUCUGGGGCUGGCGAAGAACGAUAUGGCGAGUACAAUGAGAGAUUAAUCUAUCAGGCAGCAUUCCAGGAUCUUAACCAGCCUAAAGCUGAAGCUACUUAUCCUGAUGGCCAGUUAUCAGUUUCCCUUCUUAAACACCAGAGAAUUGCAUUGUCGUGGAUGCUUCAGAAGGAAAAAAGCUGCUGUUGUUCCGGUGGAUCAUUCCUUGCUGACGACCAGAAAUUGCUGCAGUCAGAAUAUAUAAGCCAUAAUAAGACAGCUGAAGCCUUGAAUUUGGAUGAUGAUGAGGAGGAGAAUGAUGCCAAUUCUUUUAAGAAAUGUAAGCAAGAUGAAGACUCUUGUGACCAUAUACUGAUUCCAGCAGCCGGUACUUCCACUCGUAAUAUCCAACCAAUGAGGCCCCAAUCAGGCACAUUGGUUGUGUGUGCUUCGACAAUGGGACAGGGAGCUGCAAGAAAAAGUUGAUGAUAAACUUCGUGUUUUAAUUUAUCAUGGAAGUAACAGGACAAAGGAUCCCUUUUAACUUGCAAAAUACUGUGUGGUUCUUACAACAUAUGCUAUUGUUGCUAAUUACGAGGUUGCAAAAACUCUGGAUUAGAUAAAGCUCAAACAAUUCAAAAGCAUUAGAAACCAAGUAGCUAGAACUUGUGCUGGGUUCAAAGCUAAAUCUAGACGGUGCUUAUCUGGAACUCCUAUACAGAAUUCGAUUGAUGACUUGUUUAAUUAUUUCGUAGAAGUAUGUUUUUUGUACAACUAGAAUUUUUUGUACAAAGUGAAAGCGACUAAUAUAAAGGAACGGAGGGAGUAACAUUUUGAUGAAGAUUUCUAUGUUCGAUAAAAAACGGUCCUAAUCAAUUCAUAGGCAUUUUCUUUAAGUUGCACAUAUGACAAAAUUGUUCUGCUUUAAUCUUUAUGUGAUAAAAUAAUUGUUUUAUCUUUAUAUUAAGUUAAUUUUUUAGCAUGAUGUCAAUAUUGCAAAAAACGGAAAUCAGACUUAAUUGGUGAAGGCACAAGAAAAUGAUCAAUCGGAGAUUAAUUAGAUUGAUCGAGGAUUAAUCGGAUGAUUAAUUCAACGAUCGGAAAUUUAAUCAGUUCAACGAGUUACGGAACAGAUAUUAAUAGGUCUACAAUAGAACCUCAUGCUAAUGCUAAUAGGUGCCCUUUCUUGGUCUAGGUACAUUUAUUUUUGUCAAAAACUGACUUGCUGUAAAUUUUUUUGGGACGGAGUAUUUAUUUAUGGAGUGCUCGAAUAAUUUUUUGGGAGUUCAAAAGUCAAAUCGAAGCUGGGAAACGGAUUUGUUAGAGAGUUUAAUACUAAUCCUCCCUCCAUUUCAAAUCAGAUGAACCAAACAUUGCUAGAGCUCAAGAUGGCGUACUGUGAGAGUAAAGGACUAGUUGAUCAUAAGCAAACGAGGUUCAUGUGUAAGGGCAGGCGGCUUUGCUGCCGCAAUACUCCCAACGACUUUGGAAUCGAAAAUGCAGAUGUUAUUGAUGCUGUGCUUAAUAUAAGAGGCUGCUAAUUGUUUUCAUUUUCUAAUUUACUACAAUUUUCUACUCCUAUAUGUUAUGCAGCCUGAGAACCUUUAUGUAUUCGCUCUAAGUAAUCGAGACUCGAGUUUGUUUAUCAUGCCUAUGCCGCACUUUUGAAGCAUAAUCUGUUGAUCAUGAUGUUCUUGGAUUUGGAAAUUAUAGAUUGUUGUUGAAGCAUAAUCUGUUGAUCAUGAAGUUAUAUGCUGUCAUUUAUAUUUUGAGUCUCUUUAUCGACAAGUAUUGUCUGAGCUUUAAUAAUAAUAUUAGGCUUGUUAGAAUUUGUCAGGUCACUUCUUAAAUUGUCCAACAUUUUUGGUUUGUUUGAGAUUAAUUAGGUUUGUAAUAUACCAUGUAUUAAUCUUGUUGCAGUGUUGAGCAAGUUUGGGUAUGAUCCCUUAUAUAUAUGUGCUUGUACGUGUUGUUUUGGUAUUAAGUAGGAUUCAGUAGCUAAUGAGUUGACGACACGUUCUCUGGUGUUCUAGAAUCAAUACCAUAUCUGAUUGUGUUUGUUUUGUCGAGAUUAAUUAGGUUUCUGCUACUAUAAUGGCGCUUUGCAUAUGUAAGAAAUGGCAUGAUUGUCACAUACCUUUAACACUUGUGUGUUGCUUGUGGCUUCAGAGUUUGUAAAGAUUCUGAGCCUGUUAUCCGUCCCAGAAGUUAACUUCAAAUUUGAAGUUAAAAUGUAUAGAGAAAGUAUAAAAACAAAAAUGAAUAUCACAACUGUAGGAAGAGAUAAACUGAACUUUAUCCCCAAAAGCAGAGAGAUUUUGAUUUUCUGAUACAUUUGUCUGGAUUCUUGUCAGCAACAGUACCGUUAUCUUUUUAUUUUGUUCAUGGAGUAUGCCAGUUACAAUUCUGACCCUGUACAUAGUAAAAAAGAUAGUAUUUAUCUACUGGAAUUCAUAGCUUUGGCAUGGGUAAACAGAGUCUUGUGAAAACUAGCAGACCUCUGUUAUUAUAUACUGCAUAGUGUGACAGAAGAGCUGUAGAAGAAGAGUGAAGAAGUAAUGGAAAGAGCCAAUGAUGCAAGUAACGGUGGUGAUGAUCUAGGUGGAGGCCGUGUGAUAAUUAAGACAGAAGACGAUGAGAAGGUAACAAUCAAGGUGCAAAAAGAAGGAAUGGCUGAUUUCUACUUCACUAUGAACCGUGAUGAACCGUUAAGAAAGCUUAUGAUCGCGUUCUGUGAGCGUCUGAGUCUAGGUGAUUACAGGUCGUUCAGGUACCUUCUGAACGGUAGCAGGAUUCGUGGCCACCAAACUCCCAACGAGCUUGAAAUGGAAAAUGACGAUGUUAUUGAUGCUUGGAUUGAUCAAAUUGGUGGCGCUAGCUUCUCCUGGUCAUGAUCUGUAUGCAUUUAAUCAGGUUAUCUAGUUACGUUUCUAUUGUUUUAACCUCCAAGCAACGUUCGUACUUAAUUUGUAUAAAAUCAUCUGCUACAGCCUAAUAUGUGUUUUGUUAUGGCAAUGUUUGUGUUUAGCUUCUUAUAUUUUGUUUGACUUGAUGUAUCUUGAACGCUGUAAUUUUGGAGAUCUAUUUUCUACUUUCGAAAUUUAUAGUAUGUAAAACUUGAUA